AUGCAUGAAAUGGAUGGGGGGUUUGAUCCCCUCGACUCCUGCCCUACUGAAACUAUGCCUCGUCCAUCUACAUGCCAAGAACUCCUCGAUAUCGUUGAUCAGGCCACACUUUCAUUGGCCAAGCUACAGUACCAGGACAUCCUGGACGAUUGGUCCGACCUUGAGAGCGAUUCUGACUCUGACUCUGAGGAUUCGCUUUCUAGCACUUCGGAUGAUGAUGACACCAUCAGUCUAUCCUUUAGCUCCUCAUCCCCCCCCUCCCCCCUCUCCCCUAUGACAGGGAUAUCCAAUUUUUCCAGUGAUGAUUCUGUAUCUUCUGAUGAUUCUGUACUGCCUUACGACAGGCUCCAGGACACGAUUGAUGCACUUCGUGAUGAGGUUAAGAGGGCUCGUGUACUCCACAAGCCCGAUGAGCCUCCUCCACGAGCACCUCAGCUUCACAUGCUCAUUCACCACGAGGAACAUCACCCUCACUUAUUUUGGCAGAAACUUCGUGUCAGCCCUGAGAUCUUCAAUGACAUUCUUGAUUAUAUCUCUGAUCACCCUAUCUUCCAAAGCAAGUCCAACAAUCCUCAGCUCCCCAUCUCCAUCUAG